AUGGCCCUGGAGCAGGCGCUGCAAGCGGCGCGGCUGGGCGAGCUGGACGUGCUCCGGUCCCUGCACGCCGCCGGCCUGCUGGCGCCCUCGCUGCGGGACCCGCUGGACGCGCUCCCCGUGCACCACGCGGCCCGCGCCGGCAAGCUCCACUGCCUGCGCUUCCUGGUGGAGGAGGCCGCCCUGCCCGCCGCGGCCCGCGCGCGCAACGGCGCCACGCCGGCCCACGACGCGGCCGCCACCGGCCACCUGUCCUGUCUGCAGUGGCUGCUCUCGGCCGGCCGCUGCUGCGUGCAGGACAGAGACAAUUCUGGUGCCACAGUUCUGCAUCUGGCCGCCCGCUUCGGCCACCCCGAGGUCGUGGACUGGCUGCUGAGACUCGGGGGCGGGGACCCCACCAUGGCCACGGACACCGGGGCCCUGGCCAUCCACUAUGCCGCUGCCAAAGGAGACUUCCCUUCCUUGAGGCUGCUCGUCAGGCACUUCCCCGGAGGGGUCAAUGCCCAGACCAAGAACGGUGCCACGCCCCUGUACCUGGCGUGCCAGGAGGGCCACCUGGAGGUGACGCAGUACCUGGUGCAGGAGUGUGGCGCGGACCCGCACGCGUGCGCGCACGACGGCAUGACGCCCCUGCACGCGGCGGCGCAGAUGGGCCACAGCUCGGUCAUCGUGUGGCUGGUGAGCUGCACCAGUGUGAGCCUGUCGGAGCGCGACAAGGACGGCGCCACGGCCAUGCACUUCGCGGCGAGCCGCGGCCACGCCAAGGUGCUCAGCUGGCUCUUGCUGCACGGGGGCGAGAUCGCGGCCGACCUGUGGGGCGGGACCCCCCUGCACGACGCGGCCGAGAACGGGGAGCUGGAGUGCUGCCAGAUCCUGGUGGUCAACGGCGCCGAGCUGGACGUCCGUGAUCGCGACGGGUACACGGCCGCAGACCUCUCGGACUACAACGGCCACACCCACUGCACCCGCUACCUGCGCACCGUGGAGAAUCUGAGUGUGGAGCACCGCGUGCUGUCCCGGGACCCGUCCGCGGAGAUGGACACGAAGCAGCUGGACUCGGGCAUGUCGUCCCCCAACACCACCGCAUCCAUGCAGCCGCUGAACUUUGACCUCGGCUCGCCCACCAGCACCCUCUCCAACUAUGACUCCGGGUCCUCCGGCCACUCCAGCGUCAAGGACCAGCGGUCCCAGCGAGGGCUGCCCAGCGCGGGUGCCGCAGGGCUAGAAACCUACAUGGACAUGCUGGAACCCCGGACCGGCCUGCUGCGGACAGCGGAGUGCGUUCCCCCGCCCCCGCCUGGCUACCCGGCUCCCGGGCCCCCACGGGGGCUCCCCGCUGCCGACAUCUACAUGCACACGAAGAGCAAGCUCCGUCAUGUGGAGCCCAACACCGCCAGGAAGGAGGGCGACCGCGACGGCCACUGCGGGCCGCCUCCGCCGGACCCGGGCCGCCAGCCCCGCGCCGUAGCCAAGCAGCCCAGCACGGGGGACUCCUGCCACCGGCAGCUGGGCCGCGGACCCCCGCAGCCGCCGGCCGCGCGUCCGCCCAUGGCGCACAGCGGGGAGGCGGCGCUGCCCCCCCGCAGCCACGUGCACAACGGCUGCGCAGCGGACCCCAAGGCGCCCCGGGACCUGCCCCCGCCGCCGCCGCCGCCGCCGCCGCCGCCCCUGCCCGAGGCCCUAAGCUCGCCGCGGCCCGCUCCGCCGCUGCCCCCCGAGGGCCCCGUCUGCGGGCAGCGCCGUGCCUCCUCCUCCACUGGCAAAGUGAGAGUCCUCAGACACAGAAAGAGCACCAAAUCCUUCAACAUGAUGUCCCCGACGGGGGAUAACUCGGAGCUGCUGGCCGAGAUCAAGGCCGGCAAGAGCCUGAAGCCCACUCCUCAGAGCAAGGGGCUGACCACUGUCUUCUCGGGCAGCGGGCUGCCAGCCUUCCAGACGGACUCGCCGGGGCCAACGUCGCCCUCGGCUUCCACCGCCAGCUCGCGGGCGCGGAGCCCCACCCCGCCGGCCACGGGGCCCCAGCCCCUACUCAACGGCAGCCUGGCGCCAGCGCCGCCCGCCACCCCAGCGCCCGGGGUGCAGCUGGAUGUGGAGGCGCUGGUCCCCACCCACGACGAGCAGGGCCGGCCCAUCCCCGAGUGGAAGCGGCAGGUGAUGGUGCGGAAGCUGCAGCUGAAGAUGCAAGAGGAGGAGGAGCAGCGGCGGAAGGAGGAGGAGGAGGAGGCCCGACUGGCCAGCAUGCCCGCCUGGAGGCGGGAAAUCCUGCGGAAGAAGCUGGAAGAGGAAAGGGAGCAGAAGCGGAGAGAGGAGGAGCGCCAGAAGCAGGAGUUGCUGAAGCGGCAGAAGGAGCAGUCGGAGCUGCUGCGGACGCUGGGCUACGACGAGACCAAGCUGGCGCCCUGGCAGCGGCAGAUCAUCCUGAAGAAGGGGGACAUCGCUAAGUACUAG